UGUCCAAAAAAGGUAAAUUCAAACUGCGUUCUUCCAUCAAAGAUUUAGUUGGGAAAAACGUUGUCGUUUUACACUGCCUGUGCUUUUCCGACGAGCUUUCAUCCCUGUAGUAUUUUGGUUUGCCUCUUCCAUCUCCACCACCUCCAUUGUCGUAGCCACGUCAUGCUCAAAUCAACCUUCACUCCCAUUCUCUCGAUUAUCACCCCCAAACCCACAACCUCAAAACCCUCUAAAAUCUUCACCAAAGCCUUCUCACAAUCCCCACCAACUGUUCGAAAAAAUGAUUCACACAACCCCUCCACCACAACCCCACCACAUAAUCUCCCUCCUGUUUCAGCUUAUAUUCACCUCCCUUUCUGCAGAAAGCGCUGCCACUACUGUGAUUUCCCAAUUGUCGCUCUCGGGUCUUCUUUUACCCCACCACCUGAGGACGAUCCCAGAAUCUUGAACUACACCCAACUCAUUUGUCGAGAAAUUGAAGCGACAAAACCAGAAUGCUAUCCCACCCCACCUCUUGAAACAGUGUUUUUUGGAGGCGGCACGCCAUCCCUUGUGCCGCCGAGGCUGGUUUCUGAUAUAGUUGAAGCGUUGAGGUUGAAGUUUGGGUUGUGCUUGGAUGCUGAAAUGUCCAUGGAAAUGGACCCUGGGACUUUUGAUGCAGAGAAACUGAAGGGAUUGAUGGAGUUGGGUGUGAAUAGGGUGUCUUUGGGAGUUCAGGCAUUUCAGGAAGAGAUGUUGAGGGGAUGUGGGAGAGCACAUGGUGUGAAGGAGAUUUAUGAGGCAAUUGAGACAGUCAAGUCAUGUGGGGUUGAGAACUGGAGUGUGGAUCUCAUCUCUUCUCUCCCUCACCAAACACCAGAAAUGUGGGAGGAGAGUUUGCAGCUUGUCAUUGAAGCGCAGCCUACCCAUGUGUCGGUUUAUGAUUUGCAAGUUGAACAAGGCACCAAAUUUGGAAUACUGUACACACCAGGGGAGUUCCCUCUGCCUUCUGAAACCCAAUCAGCAGACUUCUAUAGAAUGGCUUCCACCACCCUUUCUAAUGCGGGCUAUAAUCAUUAUGAAAUCAGCAGUUACUGCAAGGGUGGGUUUGAGUGCAAGCACAAUCUUACCUAUUGGGAGAACAAACCUUUCUAUGGUUUUGGCCUUGGGUCUGCCAGUUAUGUUGGUGGAGUGAGGUUUUCAAGGCCGAGAAAGAUGAAAGAGUAUAUGGGUUAUGUGCAGAGCUUGGAAACCGAGGUGGUGGGUUGUGGGGGUAAUUCUGUUGAUGCCAAGGAUGUGGCAAUGGAUGUUGUGAUGCUGUCUCUUAGAACUGCCAGAGGCUUGGAUUUGAAGUCCUUCAGAAAUUCAUUUGGUAGCUCUUUUGUUGCCUCUCUUUGCAAGGCCUAUAGACCCUAUGUGAAAAGUGGGCAUGUGGUUUGUUUGGAUGAGCAGAGGAGACCUGUAACUGCAAAUGAAUUCAGCUCCUUGCUAUCCAAAGAUGAUGGGAUUGAAGAACGGCUGGCAUUUGUUCGGCUUAGUGAUCCUGAUGGUUUCCUCCUAUCAAAUGAAUUGAUAUCACUAGCAUUUCAGGCCAUAGCUCCUUAAAAAACUGCGAAUCUUUCUUGAAGCAUUUGAUCGUCAUACGAUGACAAAGGAUGCUCCUAUUACAACCAUACUUUACUCAAGGAUGUUAACCAGUUGUUGGAUCAACCUGCCUUAAGCAGUAGACGGAUAGCUGAGAUCAAUAUGGCCCGUUGAGGUGAGUGGACUGAAAUGAAGAAUGAAAUUUGAGGACUAACUAGGUAAGCUUAUUUCGCUAGUUGGUUAUUCUGUGCUUAAUAAACAAGAAAUUUCAGUGAGGCAAUAGGCCAACUGUUCUGUUUUCAGAGCACUUAUGGCGGAGAAUGAAGAGGAUGAACUGGCCUCAAAAGCAAAGCAGAUGACGAAUCUGGAGAUUGUGCUUCCAAGCUAAGGUCAAGAGUCAGAUGAGAUUUUUUGAUAAACUUUCAUUUCAUUUGGAUGGAUGUAUAUACAUAACUUCUGCUGUCAUACUGGACCAGCAGGUGACAACACUUUGACAGAGCAACUGCCUAGAUUUCACCUAAGGUUUUACUCGUGCAUUAGCUGCUUAUGGCUGGUGAUACAGGCAUGUAGCCAAAACUAAGUAGCAUGGAGCUGUAUAGAACAGCUUGUAUUGUUCAAAGCUUCUGUCAAGUAUGAGGCUCCUGUCCUAGUGGAAAUAAAACCUUGGAAGGCAAUUUAUAAGUACGACAUUGUUGCCAACGUCCUAUAGUGUAGGUAUUUCUACAUAGGCAAUCAUCCUGUUUUCUUUUUAGCAGCCUCCUCCCAAAUCAAAGUAUCAACCUUGUUGCUAAUGUAAUGGUAAUCUUGACUUUCUAAAACCAUUUCUGAUGAGUUUUCCCUGAUAUCAACCUUUGUUUACAGUUGUCCCUAAUAAAGCUGUUUUCUAUUCAUGAAUC